UUUACAAACAUUUUUCAUAUAUGGCAAAAAUAAAUGGAUCGAAAAAUGAGCCGACUUAUCACCACUCUCCCCUUAUAUAAGCGCCUCUCCCCUUUGCUUUGCUCUCUACACCCACCGCCACCGACCCAACCACACACGCAGCUCGCCAUGAAGUGCUUCUUGCUCACCGCCGCGGCGGCGGCGGCCGCCAUCGUCGUGGUCACGUCGGCGGCGGCCUCGUACGACUCGCCCGCGUCUCUCCCCGCCGGCGUCCUCUCGUCGCCUUCCUUCUUGUGGAUCGCGGCGAACGUUAUCGUCGUCUGGCUCGUCUCGUCUUACCGUGGCCACACGGCCGCCGGCGACGGCGAUGGGGUUGGAGAGAGCGGCGGCGGCGGCGUGGACGUGGGGUUGUACACGUCGUCGUCGGGGCAUGGGCAUGACCAUGACCAUGACGACAUGUUUGCUGUGGCGGCGGUUGCGGCCGACCUCGUCGUCGUCGCUGCGGCGCCGGUGGUGACGACGACGGUGGCGAAGAAGAAGCCGUCGCGAGAGGCGAGAGCGGCGAAGAGGAGCACCACCGACCGCCCGCGUGCCCGCAAGGCGGCGGCGUCGGCGGCCAGCGGGGAGACGACGCCGGCCAGACCGGGCGACUGCAGCCCGCGCGACGUCAGCAAGGCGUUGGCCGGCGUGGUACUGCAGACGCCGAGAGGCGCCGCCGCGGCGGUGGGCGCUGCACUCAUGGACACCGUCGACGUCAAGAGGCCGAUCAUCGUCGAGGAGGAAUGGCUAACCUGGGACCUCGCCGCCACGGCGGCGGAGGCCACGGCGAAGCCGGACGUCAAGAAGUCCGUCGUCGAUGAGGAAUGGCCGGACUGGGCCUUCUUCGUCGACGACGACGCCAAGAAUCCCCUCGUUGGGGAGGAAGAAUGGUCGGCGUGGGUCCUCGCUUGCACGGAGGAGGCCAAGCCGGCCGUCGUCGAGAAGAAGCCCGUCGUCGCCGACGAGCCAUGGCCGAGCAGCUGGACCAUCGCCGCCACGGACGUCAAGAUGGCCGUCAAGAAGCCCGUCGUCGUCGAGGAUCCAUGGCGACCACCACCGAGCAGCUGGACCAUCGAAGCCCCCGCCGACGGCGACAAGUGGGCAAUCACGCUCGCCACCGACUUCUCCACGCCCAAGCCUGACGUCGUCGCCGGCGCCGGCGCCGGCGACGACGACGACGACGUGUCCAUGGACUCGAUGUGGCAGACCAUCCUCCAGAGCGGCCGGGCGCGGCCGGUGACCGUGCCGAAGAGCGAGACGUGGGCCACCACCACCGACGAGCAGCAGCCGCGGCGCCGGGAGCGCGCCGCGGCGGCGGCCGUGGCGCGGCGAGAGAUACGCAAGUCGGCGACGGCGACCAACAUGACCCCGCCGCCGUCGCCGCCGCACGUGCGGGCGCCGCCGGCGCCGGCCAGGCGGCCGUGGCGCACCAGGGACGUGCUCCCGGCGAUGCCCAACGACGAGCUGAUGCGCCGCGCCGAGAGCCUCAUCCGGCGCCACCACGAGCAGCUGCGCCUGCAGCGGCAGGAGUCCGAGCAGCGCCAGGCCCUGGAGCUGCAGCGCCGCCGCCCGCUCAUCCGCGUGUAAGUCCGCCGCCGCCGCUCGCCGCCGGCGACGAUGCAUGCAUGCAUGCAAGGCGGUGUGUACAGCAGUAGUAAAAGCUUAGGCAGCAGGGAGGACGUGGCCAUGGUUGUGUGUGCAGCGGUUUGAUGCACUGGCCACAUAGACCUUGAUCCUCCAAUAAUUAUUAGUAGGUUAAUUAGAGUAAUUAGGCUUAAAAAAGGUUUAGAUUUAGGUUUGAUCUGCAUGACUGCAUGCAAGAUUAUGCUUGCAUUUUGAGUGCCUUGAUGAUCUCUGCAUAGGGGAUUAAUGUAACUCGAUCUCUAUGAAUGGAGAGGUAAUUAAGAGCACUUGUUUUUUUUGAAAAAAGUAAUUGUUUUGU